GUCACCGUCAACGAGCAGAAACUUGAGGAACCGUGACCUUCCUGUCGAGUGACAAGAUUUGUUCCUUGAUGGUGGAACAGUUUCAUACGGAAUCUCCUUGAAGAAAGAGUUCUCUGAAUGGAAUCGCAAUCAGUGUUACGCAAUUUAGCAAACCUUUCUAUUCUGGUAUAAUUUUUUUACGUCAAAGAACAUGACGUUCAAGUCUCUAACGGGUCUUGGAGGCUUCGGAAAAGCUCCUUGGGACAUACCUGUCGAGCGUUAUCACAGUGACGGUAGUAGUUAUCAUCAUCAUGGAUAUCGUGGCUCUAAGGGAAAAGGUGGAAAUAGCGCUGCGCUAAGUGCGCUGACCUUGCUCGCUUUUCUAUUUCUCUUAAAUGUUAUGCAGCAAUCCUUACAGGAUAAUAACUCGACGCUCGUCCCAACGACCACUACGCUGUUAUUGCGAGAUACCGAGUUACCAAUUACCUUGGACAAUGGAGAGGAAAAGAAAACCGAAACGCAAAACUUUGCACGUACAGCAGGCUCACAUGUCUCAAAAGCGACGGUAAAAGAUUACACGCGACGUCAAGUCUAACACAGCCUAGUAAACUAUGUGAUAUUUUCUAGACAACUUUUUUCCAAUGUCUCACAUUUUUCUGAUAAAUCUUUCAUUCUCAAUGUUCUUUUAAGUUACAAUUAACUUGGCAUAAAUAAACAAACAAUAAAUAUUAUAUAUUGACAAAAUUUGUAAGGAGUGUUGAGGAUAUUUAGUAUAAAAGUUUAAUGGAAGGAGAUUAGCCAAGAUUUCGAGAUCAAACAAGUGUAAUUCAGUUAUAUUAGAUCAUUAAUAGAAGCUAUAUAAGAGUGCAAUCUAAUGUUUACUGGGUUUUAAAAUAAGCCUAAUUAAUUUCAAGUUAAUGAUACGAUUGGGUGUUACAUGUCAUAAAACAUGGUUUUUAGUUAUAAUAAAAAAAUACACUGACACAAAUACUAAAAUGUAUAAACUGGAAUCCAUUCAAAGCCAUAAAAGGCAUAUCGAUUAAAGAUAAGUAAAAUAUAUAAAUAUUAAACAAAAUUUAUUAUUUCGAUAACAAUAUUCAUGAUAGCAUUAUGAGACAUCAUUGUGGUACUUAACAUU